UUCACAUUUCACGCUCAACUCAACCUUGCUCUGUGUUAUCAACUUGUCAAGUGGGGGAAUAGUACUCUUUAAUCGUGUCUUGUGAGGAUUUAAUAUUUUUCAAUGAAAUAAGUUUUAUUUUGAACUAUAGUGACAAAAGUUUUAAAGUAAUUGUAACAAGUUUGUGUUCACUUAAGGCGACGUAGAGCGUUUAUAAAAUAUUUCAUUUUAAACGAUAAGUAAACAAACACAAUCAUGGAGAAUGCAAUUAUAGUGAACAAAGUUAAACUUUUAUUUGAGAAAAUAAUUGAACCAGGUUACAUUAUGGACAAAUACUACGCGGAUAACUUUUUUACUAAAAUAAACAGUAAUGACCCAGAUGUCCUCUACUUAAAGUCAUUGCCCAUUCUCGCAAAUCUUUUAAUAGAAGUUGUUGAAGGUUCGCAUGAUUACCACGUAACGGUAAAAGUAUUCCUGAUAAGACUCUUUGCCGUUUUAUCAGAAAGCGAAGUUAACUUCGCAAAACUUAUUGCUAAAAAAGGGCAGGAUCUGUCUGCAGUCCUUAACAAUAUUAAUUCACCAGAUUUACACACAAGUAUAAGAGUAGCCUACAUGGAGGUAGCGUUGGCUCUGUUAAAUCAUAAUUCUGGCAUUCAUUGGUUACUUGAGAGCAAAGUUUGGCAAGAGAUUCUGAAGCUGUGCCACGAAAAGAGGACGGUAUUCAUUGUACGUCAAACUUACAAAUUCGUUUCUACUUUCCUUUGGAAAUUAAAAGACUUGGGAGACGAUGGUAAUGUAAAACUGGUUCUACAGCAUAUAUUGCAACCCACAUUUGAAGUUGAUCUUAUACGAAAAAGAUCAAUUACCAGUGAGGAGGAACAAGAAUUGUGUAAGAAAUUUGAGCCCAUGUGGCAGAUGCUUCUUGCAAUUGUAAGUAAUGAAAAGCAAAUAAAAACACAGAAUUGUAUUAUUCAUUUCCUAUUGAGGGAGUUCAAAGUUACUACAUACUGCUACAUAAUGUUAGAUAGAUUUCGAAGUGAGGAUAUUUGGUUGCUCAUCAAUAAGUUCCUAUUCUGGACCGCGAUAGGAAGGAUAACUCUGUUUAAGCCGAUCAUGCCCGAUAUGGUUUACGAACGAGAAGAUUUCUUGGAAUUAGCAGUUACAUAUUUCAAUACUAUACAUAGUUUGAUCCAAAGACGUGUUCCUGCUUUGGUGUUCGACUAUUGCAACGCUUGCAAUUUAAUAUGGGGAAGGGUUUGGAACGAUUAUGCGCCCUUGAGGAAUACAGAAGAUGGUAGAACCGCAAAUGUUCAGAAUCAGUUAUUGACAAUAUGUAUUAUUCCUUCGUUAGUUUAUGUUACUUUGGGUAAAAAUAGCAAGGACGAUGAACAGGAUAAAGUAAACGAAUAUAUAGUUAAGAUAAUGCAAUUGACGUGUGAGCAUACUGCGAGAGCUGGAUAUGCCCUGCGUGAUCUGAUGAUGCAAUUGGAUGUGCAGCAAGUGACGUUACAAAGUGUGAAACGUUUGUCGUUCCUGAAGAAUCAUUUGAACGACGCACAAGCUAACUUGGUGUUCCAAGCGUUGUUUUAUGUGAUCAAAGAGUUCGAGCCGUUUGAUGAGGAGGGACAAGUGAAAGCGACGAAGUGUUAUGAGGACGAUCAAGAAACUAUCGCGGUUAUGGGCUAUGUACUGGAUACAGUACUGUUUCUUGUCAAGAAUUAUAAUAUAAAUUGGCAUGAGAGUUUGGAGGUUGUGUGCUUGAAUUCGGUUGUGUAUAACAUACUGAGGAGGCCCAAUUUGUGUACUAAGUUCAUAGUGACAGCAUUGAACGUUAUCUCAACAACAGUAAAGAAGUUCCUUCCUCCGAACCUGUCGUUGCUUCUCGAUACGAAGCCAGGGUCCAGUAUGCAUGAGAUUGGAAAACUGAUAUAUUUGAAGAUGCAUGACAUCAACUGGGAGGUCAGGGACACGGCUUUGGAGCUGCUGCUAGUAUGCACGGAGAUAUCUUUUAUUAAGUUUCCACCGUUCCAAAAGCAAAUCAUGGCCAACAAACUGAUAAACGUGGCAAUGACGAUGGCGCUGAACGAUUAUGAGUUCUAUGUUAGAGUGUCUGCGCUCAAGUGUGUGGGGGCCGCGAGCAAGGUCAGCGUGCUGUGGGAGGGACUGAAAACGGAGUACCCUAAUGUUUUGGACCUCCUCAUAUCUAUAUUGUGUAAUAAUCCUGAGGGAAUCGUACGGAAGGAAGCCUGUAAUGUUCUAUGUGAGAUCUAUCAGAAUAUAAAGUUAUCACAGGAAACUAAAGUACUUCUUUAUGAACAAUUAGUUAACGCGUCACUUAACGAUUUCCACUGGGAAGUUCAAAUGAGUGCCUUAAAAUUCUGGCGGGUUGUGAUCCAGUCGUUCCUAAGAGAUCAAGGAAUGUUGGAUGGCACAUUCCCACCGGUCACAUUCUCUAUAGAAUCCAGGAAAAUCGUCACACUAAAUGAAAGGGAAAUUCAAAAGAGAUUAUCGAAAAUAUUAGACGAUCUUGCGGCAGUAGGCUGCUUAUCCAUACUUGUUAAACUUCUAUACGACGACACAGAAGUUGUCGUAAUGGACUUAGCACUACAAAUUUCAACCGAAUUAAUAGAAAUUCUGGACAAGUACAAAGUACAAGAACGUUUAACGGCAAAGAGCGAUGAUCCCAGGAUAGAUGAAAUCUUAAAGAAUUGUGAUGAAAAUGAUGUGGUGGAAAGUGAUACGCAACCACAAAAUGCAGAAGUAUUAUCAGACAAUGUUAUUGAAGGUAUUAUAAAGGCUGAUGACAUGAAUCUAUUAGCACAUAUAUAUGAAGAACAAAUGAGUAUUAAAUGUGAUAAAGUGGAAAUUAAGCAUUUAAAAUUAACAAAACUAGCGACGCCAUAUCUUUUUGUUACAUAUUUGAAAAGUAAAAACUUCAAUGCUGCCAUUGAGCAGAAAAGAAAUUGGAAUGAUGGUAUUCGAAGUCUGUCAUCACUGUUAGAUGAUGUUUUAGGAAUUUACGAGGUGCAAAGUGAAGUAAAUGAUUUAGAUUGUUAUUGAGAUUAUACAUUGUUAUAUGAGAAAUAAAUAUAUUUUUACAUCUA